AUGAAGCAGCGAAUUAGCUCCCUGGACCUACAAUUACUGGCCAGAGAACUGAAAGCGCAGCUAGAAGGUUGUCGGUUGGCCAAUCUGUACAAUGUGGCGGACGCUAGCAAGCAGUUUUUACUCAAAUUUACCAAAGGCGAGUCGAAGAUUAGCAUCUUGAUCGACUGUGGACUCAAAAUAUUUGCAACAGAGUUUUCCCGGCCAAUUCCACCGUCCCCUGGGCCGUUUGUUGCAAAGUUGCGCAAGCACCUAAAGGCGAAGCGGUUGACCACAGUGAAGCAGGUCGGCGCGGACAGAAUAUUAGUGUUGAGUUUCGCGGAUGGAUUAUUCUUCCUUGUUUUGGAGUUUUUUGCUGCAGGCAAUGUGAUCCUUCUUGAUGCUGAUAGACGCAUCUUGGCGCUGCAACGGGUGGUCCGUGAUCAUGAACAAAAGGUGGGCGAGAUAUACAACAUGUUUGAUGAUCACUUCUUGGAGGAUGUGUCUCUACCUGUUCCUAAGCUUGAUACUCAUACUUUACCCGUUGUUCAGGAACUGCUUAUCAAAACAAAGACUGCUGCAGAAGAAUCGAAGGCGGUAAUGCCCGCCGCUCCCGUAGGGGGGCGUAAACAAAGUUUGAAGGUGCCCUCUAUUCAUAAACUAUUGUUCAGUUCUUAUCCGUACCUCUCCAGCGAUCUUCUCAAUAAAAUCCUAAAGGAGCAUGGUAUAGAUCCUUCGCAGUCAUUCCUGGAACUAUUCGACUCUGCCGAUCAACUAGUAGACAUCUUGAAUAUUGCAGAAAAGGAGGCAUACAUGUUAUUAACGUCAGAAAAGAAGAACGGGUAUAUAUUGGCGCGUGAGAAUCCGCUGUACGAUGAGAAAAAAGAUGCAGAGGGCAUUAGGCUUACGUAUGAGCAGUUUCAUCCGUUUAGGCCGUACCUCCCUGAUGGUUCUCAAAAGAAGUUUGAAAUUGUCGAGGUCGACGGUGAUUACAACCGAACUGUAGACAAAUUCUUUUCAACGAUCGAUUCUACAAAAUACGCCUUACGCAUUCAGACGCAGGAACAAAAUGCGAGAAAGAAGUUAGAAAAGGCCAAAGCAGAGAACCAAAAGAAAAUACAGGCAUUGGUGGAAGUUCAGCAUACAAACGAGCAGAGAGGCAACGCUAUUAUUAAUAACAUUGAACUAGUUGAGGAAGCUAAAUCUGCAAUUCAAGGUUUACUUGACCAGCAAAUGGAUUGGACAUCUAUUGAAAAAUUGAUUAAAACAGAGCAGGCGAAAAGCAAUAGAAUUGCACGCGUGAUUAAGCUUCCUUUGAACCUAAAGGCCAAUAAAAUUAGCGUAGAGUUACCACUCUCAAAUGAAGAUGAUGAAUCAUCCGAUGGAAGCUGGGGAGAUUCUGAAAGUGAUUCAGGCUUCAGCUCCAGUGACGAUGAAUUAUCAGAUAGCGGUCUUUCGGACUUUGACGCCGAGGUGGUGCGGGGAAGUGGCAGCAAGAAUAAAAAAGGUAAAUCCAAGGUGUCAAACAAAUCGAUAACAGUUAGUAUUGAUUUAUCAAUGUCCGCUUAUGCGAAUGCUUCGAGUUAUUUUGAAAUGAAAAAAACGGGCGCCAAGAAACAACUAGGUGUUGAACAAAAUGUGCAAAAGGCCAUGAAGAACAUUGAGCAGAAAAUCGAGAAAGAUCUCAAGAAGAAAUUAAAAGAGCAGCACGAUGUUUUGCAGGUGAUACGAUCGCCAUACUUCUUCGAAAAAUACUUUUGGUUUAUAUCAACCGAAGGAUUCUUGGUGCUUAUGGGUAAAAGUGGCAUCGAAACAGACCAAAUCUACAGCAAGUACAUUGAAGAUGAUGAUGUAUAUGUGUCCAAUGGUUUUGGGUCCCAGGUAUGGAUAAAGAAUUUUGAGCGCACCGAAAUUCCGCCAAAUACUUUAAUGCAGGCCGGUAUCUUUGCCAACUCCGCAUCUGAAGCAUGGUCUAAAAAAGUUGCUACAUCACCAUGGUGGUGUGCGGCUAAAAACUUGAGCAAGUUCGAUGACGUUGGUGGUGGUCUCUUGCCUUCCGGGGCCUUCAGGCUCAAGAGUGAUGAAGCCAAGAAUUUCCUCCCGCCGGCUCAACUUGUGAUGGGGUUCGCUUUUAUGUGGAAAAUAAAGACCGACGAUGACCAAGAAGCAGGUUAUGAGGAAGAUAUGCCCGCUGAAAUCGACGAAAUGGGGGAAGUAAGUCAUCCUAGCGAGGAGAUGGUUGAAGAAUCUAUCGGCCCAGCCGAUAACCUCCUGCCCAGCAAUUCAAAUCAAUCUAUCAAUGACAUUAUUGAUGACAUUCCCCGCGUAGUUGGCUCUGAAAGUCCCGUGGAACAGACAGCGGGUGUUUCUGGUCUUGCUGAGACAAAAGAAAGCACACAUGAUAGCGAAUCAGUAGUGGUAUCCAUCAUUGAAAAUAUGAACAAAAAUGUUCGCGGUAAGAAGGGCAAAUUGAAGAAGAUUCAAAAGAAAUACAGCAAUCAGGAUGAGGAAGAUAUCUUACUGAAAUUGCAAGCAUUGGGUACGCUGAAGGGUAUUGAGAAACAACAGAAGGAAAAAGAAUCAGAGUUUGCUAGAGAGCAAGAGAGAGAAGUCAAGAAGAAGAGGAGAGAAAAGCAACAACAAGCGCAGGCCUUGAAGUUCACGUCCAGCGAGAAGGUGAAGGUUAACUAUAAGAAGAUCUUCAAGGAAUUGAAACCAGUGAUUUCAGCGGACGAGGAGGUACUAGCCCCAAUACCCGUGUUCGCUCCUUGGCCAGCGUUGACAAAGUAUAAAUACAAAGUCAAGGUUCAGCCUGGUACUGCCAAGAAGACCAAGUCUGUUAACGACGUCCUCCAUUACUUCCAGAGAAGAAACGUGGAUCCUCUGCAGAAAGACAAGGAAGCAGACUGGCCCGUUGAGCACGAGCUGUUGAAGGUAUUCAAGGACCAGGACUUCAUUCCUCUGAUUUGCGUGGAUAAGUUAAAAGUCUCUAUUCCGGGGGGUGGUGAAAAGCAGGGCUCUAAAACCAAAAGUAAGAAAAAGUAG